CCGUUCUUCAGAUAACCCUCAAACACACAGGCAUGCUUUGCUCUUGCUCAGCAUGGCUGCUGGGCUGUUUCCUGACCAUGUGCUGCACAACAUCAUGGCUGUGUUUACAUUCAUGGGGGCCAACAUCAUGAGACAAGAUGAUGCCUACAGCUUCCAGGUGAUCACAAAGACAUUGGAAACUGUCAUACCAGCCCUAAUAAAGGCAAGUGAACAGCAAGAGAAGGUGCAGAAUGUGGUGUCUGAUGUGUUGAGAGUGUUUGUUGAUGCCAGCCCUCAUAUACCAGACCAUCGCCGUCUGCCUCUUUUCACAAAGCUCGCAGAAACGGUUGGGACCGAGAAGUUUCUUUGGAUCAUGGUUGUACAAAUGCUUGAGAGCCAUAUCACAAAAGGGGCACAGAAAACUGAUGAGCAAGAAAAUAAGCCUCCAGCAGGACAUGUCCACCAAGACAUUGAAUUCUGUCUCCAUGUGGUCCACAAUUUCUCGCCAAGGGUCCAGGUUGUCUGCUGUCAUCAGUUACUCCAGUAUCUGGCAAAGUUGCCACAGGAUAAGGAAGAAGAUACUGCUACAACUUCAAAAACAAGAACACCCAGAAAUGUGACAAAGAAGAAGACAAAGAAUGAAUUGUUUGACACAGAGACCCACACUGCUAAACAACUGCGACAUUUCAAGUACACUUUAGCAAACUUUAUCAGUGUAUUGCUCUCUAGUGAGACAUUUAUCAGCCAGCUUGUGGAAUUAGAGGAGACAGAUGUGACCUCCAUGCAACCUCUGUAUCAGACUCUUCUAGAAGAAGACUUGAGGUACAUCACUCAGGUUGCCCACUGUCUGGAAGCACACACACACAGCAAUACUGCCAAGUUCUGGAGAGCUUUGUUGCACAAGGGAUAUGAUAUAUUGGAAAAGGUGAAUGCACUGUUGCCAGGCAAUGUUUUUGUUACCGUGGUGACUGGCUUGAUGCAGAAUGAGUUGGCCACAGUGAGGAGGAAGGCAAUGGAUAUGCUGAAUAACAAACUACAACAACAACAGACUCCUUUUACACAAGAAGAGCAAUUUGCACUGCUCAACCUUAUUGACAAGCUGGUGUCAGUUGCCGCAGCAACUAAUUUAACAGACAGUGAUGGUGGAGAGGAGCAAGCUGUGAAUCGUCAGACUGCCCUCUAUAGCCUAAAGUUACUCUGCAAAUGCCUAGGCAAGGACAGUCCAGCAGCAUUUACAAAGCUUUUUGUUUUGAGCACCACCAUCUUUCUGGAGUCUGGUGCCAGCACUGCAUCUCCCGUGGCUGCCAGUGCCUUGCUGUUGCUGGCAGAGUUGUGUAGUGUGCUGAAAGCCCAUGCCAUCCCAUUCCUGCCACGCUUCAUGCCUGGCUUACUCAAGGUGCUACAGAAUGAAGAAAACCUUUUAAGCAAUGACCUGCUGCUGCUGAGUGCAGUGACCACACUCCACAAGGUGGUGGAGAGCCUGCCACAUUUUCUCAGUCCAUACCUGGAAGAGGUGCUGCUCAGGGUGGUCCAGCUGUCCUGCUUAGAGUCUGAAGACCAUCACAAGUCCCAGCUGCAUCUGAGACUGAGAGCUGUCAGGCACAAUCUGUCCACAGUUAUAGCCCCCAGAGUGCUGCUGCCAGCUGUAACCCACUGCUAUGAUAGUGUGGUGCAGCAGCAGAAGUCUUGUAUCAUCCCCUUGAUGUCCAUCUUGGAGGGUCAUUUGUCCAGCAUGAGUAAAGAUGACCUGAAUAGCCACCACAACCAGAUUGUUACCUUCUUCCUCACUGCUCUGGAUUUCAGAAUGAAUAACCAGAAUUUGCCAAUGCUAGACAUCCUUAAAAUAGAAGAGUGUGUGAUAAAACCAGUGAUUGCUAUGAUAAUGAGACUAUCAGAGGCAACAUUCAGGCCUAUGUUUUUCAAGCUGUUUGACUGGGCUACCAGGCUUGAGACAACUAAAGACAGGUUGAUCACAUUCUAUAGGUUGGGAAACGGCAUCUCAGAGAAAUUGAAGGGAUUGUUCUCACUCUUUGCUGGACACAUUGUGAAGAACUCUGCCAACAUAUUGAAUGACAAUAACACCUAUAAAACAGCUGAGCCAUAUUUUGGUGAAGAUCCCCGUGCUGAAGAGAAGGCGAGUCAGUUGUUACAGUAUGUGCUGGACUGUCUCCACAAAAUAUUCCUAUAUGAUACAGACGGCUUUCUCAACAAGGAAAGGUUUGAUACACUCAUGCAGCCAUUGGCAGACCAGCUUGAAAAUCUUCAAGGAGGUGAGGGUUGCUAUGAGUCCAGAGUUAACGACCACUUGGUGCCGUGUAUCGCCCAGUUCGCCAUUGCAGCUGGGGAUGAUGGGAUGUGGAAACCUCUGAACUAUCAAGUUUUGUUGAAGACUAGGAAUAUCUCAGCAAAGGUUCGUUUUGCAGCUUUGAGGGUGAUAGAAGAGUUCAAUACCAAACUGGGAGAGGAAUAUAUGACACUACUUCCAGAGACUAUCCCCUUCCUAGCUGAACUCAUGGAAGAUGAAUCAGAAGAAGUAGAACACAAGUGCCAAGAAGUCGUAACACAGAUGGAAAAGGUUCUUGGGGAACCUAUACAGAAAUACUUUUAAGCCAAACCAGAAUUUGAUGUAACAUGAUUGUCAGAUUUCCAGUGCACAUUUUAAUACAUUGCAUGAAUACCUGACAUUUUUCUAUCCACUUUUAUUAUAUGUGUUCCAAAAAAUUAACAAAAAUAGUUUUCAUUAUGAUAUCCAUUAAAAUACAAUAAAGUUUCCAAAAACGUAAUUUUUUUAUACAGAAUUGAAUUAGUUUGC